GAAAAAACAAAGUAGAUGUCGAAGUCUUUUAUGAUGAAAUCGAUGCUGGUUGAUUUCAAUACUAUUGGGAUAUUGUGAGCAAUAUUUCUACUUAUAAAAGUUGUCAUCUUCAAAAUCUUUUAUACAACCUAAUCUUCCGGUAGAAAGAAAGACGAUAUAUUUGACAACUAAGUUUACUAAGAUGGAGGGUUUAUCAAAUACAGGAAGAGGCAAUGAUAGUUGGACAGUUUUUAUAAAUCAUAAACUAGUGGAUGAUAAUGCUAAUGGUUAUCUAUAUGGAACAGUGAACAAUGUAAAUAAUUCAAUCUGUGUUCUAGUUCUAAAACAAUCAAGAAAAAUAAAUCCAAAUGACCUUAAACUAGUUGGAACAUGGAAAUCAUUAAACAGGGAAAAUGUCACAGACUUGACACUACUAGAAUUAAGUGAUAUAGGUGUUGAAUUAAAAUUAUCAACUUGUAAUGAUGAUUCUAUUAAAUGUGAAUUACUUAUUCAUAACGACCCAGUAGAUUGUACAUGUGUUUUAUACAGUCCAUCAGAUUUUCAACAAUCUUAUAUUUUUAUGCAGAAAGCAAUUGAAAAUCAAAUUAAAGAAGGAAGCUCUGUUUUACAACAUGUUUAUAAGUCUCUCGCCUACAUUCCUAAACCAAAGCCGAAUCUGUUAUCCUGUAUAUUCCAUGUGAUAUUUUCUGUGAUAUUGUUAUGUCUAAAACUAACUGGUGUUAUAUUUCUAUCUGAUUUGUUUGUCGGUGCAUCAAAGUAUUUAUUAAAAAAAAGUCCCUGGUUACAUAAAUAUCUACAGAAUGUUGCUUGUUUAUCACAGCUUUAUGAAAGAAUGGAUUUUAUUAUAUCUGUAAAAAAUUAUAAUCAGCUGAAUCCUUUAGAGAAAUUAAGAUGUCAGAAUAGAAUAUGGAGUCAGAUAUCAGAUUGUGUAUUUGGUGUGUUAUUUCUAUUAUUAUUUUGGUAUUAUGAUGUUCAUAAUCAACUCUUGGUGUUCACGGUUUAUUGGACAAGUGAUAUUGCAACCAAGUUAACUGAAUUGAUUAAUUUGUUAAUGGGAGCACCAGCUGGAUUAAAGCUCAACUAUCUUCUAACACAGUUUUUAGGACAGUUUUUUUUAUAUCAUGUUUAUAUUUGGACAGGAUAUGUGCAACUAAUACAACCAUUAUUAUCAUGGAUAGUAUAUUUAUCAUUACCAAUCAGUAUACUGGGUUUAUCAUUUCAAAUCAGUUUAUUACAAGAUCUUUUAUUCUUAUUAACUAUACAUAUUUAUUGUUUUUAUGUCUAUGCAGCAAGAGUCUACAAUUUGGAGGUAUCAACAUUAGCAGCCCUAUGGCGAUUAUUUCGUGGUAAAAAAUGGAAUGUACUAAGAGAACGUGUUGAUACAGCAGCCUAUGAUAUUGAUCAGUUAUUUUUUGGAACUCUUAUAUUUACUAUUUUAUUGUUUUUAUUACCAACAAUUUUAUUAUAUUAUACAGUAUUUGUUUUAUUUCGCAUUAUAAUACUGGGAGUGCAAGGAAUACUAUCUUGGCUGGUCAAUCUUAUCAACACAGUACAGAUCUUUUCCAUAGCUGGCUGGUUGAUCAAAUCUAACAUUGUAGCAGGUGAUGUUUUAUUCGAUGUGGUGCCUGAAAAAGCAAAUAAAAACUAUCUUCUAGUCACCUUACAGGCUUCACAUUUACCAUUAAGAUCGUUAUUUGAUGUUCUGAAAUCAAAUACUGAAGACGAAUUGAACAAUUUCGAGCUGUCAAUGUUUUUAUCAAAAAUAUUUUAUGGCAAUCUUUUAUAUCCAUGGAUAUCUCCGUCUCAAUUGAAAACAAAUUUUGUCUGAUUUAACAUUGAUGAACAUAUUGAACAGAACUCAACAUUUUGAAUAACUUUUAAUAACAAUUCUCCAUCACAUUUUAGUUGACACUUUGUCGUAAGAUUUCACAGAACAGAUCUGUUGCUUUGAGUUUAUGCUGAAUCUGGAUUUAAAAUAUAGAUUUCUUUGAUACACAUGGAUUGAUUGCUCAAUUCCACAAUUCAUGACCAAGUUUAAUUGGUAAUUAGAAAAGAUCAAUUGCAUAGAUAAUUAUCUGAACAUAUUUUCACUAGAAGCGUUCGAUUUUCCGACUUGCCGAUAUUGCAAUUUGCAGUUGCCACUCACUAAAUGCUCAAAAUUAAUAUCAGACCAUCUGAAAUCCGUUCACUUCCAGGGGGCCUCUGGCAUAACUGUGUAUGUUUUAAUCAAUUGAUAAUAUAUAAUAAUGGGCAUAUGAAUUCAUUAAAUUCUCUCAAAAUUG